AUGGAGGCCAAGCCAAAAAGGAGGACUGUUACAGAAAAUGGAGAUACAGGAGAAGAUUUAGUUCUUGCAACAUUGAUUGGGAACGGAGACGACGUUGGUCCUCUUGUCAGGCAUGCUUUUGAGAUGGGACGCCCUGAGCCACUCGUUCACCAGCUCAAGAACGUUGUCAAGAAGAAAGAAGCUGAGAUUGAGGACUUGUGCAAGACACACUACGAAGAGUUCAUCGUCGCGGUUGACGAGCUCCGUGGUGUGCUGGUAGACGCCGAGGAGCUUAAAAGCGACCUCGCGAGUGACAAUUUCAGGUUGCAAGAGGUUGGUACUGCCUUGUUGGUGAAGCUGGAAGAUCUUCUUGAAUCUUAUGCGAUCAAGAAGAACGUGACUGAAGCUAUUAAAAUGUCGAAGAUCUGCGUUCAAGCGCUGGAUCUCUGCCUGAAAUGUAAUAACUACGUAUCUGAAGGCCAGUUUUACCCGGCCUUGAAGACCAUGGAUCUGAUUGAGAAGAACUACUUGCAGAUCAUCCCUGUUAAGGUUCUGAAGCUGAUUAUAGAGAGGAGGAUCCCUGUGAUCAAGUCGCAUGUGGAGAAGAAGGUGUGCAGCCAGUUUAAUGAGUGGCUAGUUCACAUUAGGAGCUCUGCUAAAGCUAUUGGACAGACUGCUAUUGGCUUCACUGCUUCAGUUCGCCAGAAGGAAGAGGAAACGGUGGAGCGUCAGAGGAAAGCAGAGGAACAGAACGUUGGUGGGUUGGGAGAAUCUGAGUAUACCUUAGAUGUUGAAGAUCUUGAGCAAGACUCUGUUCUGAAGAUUGAUCUGACACCUUUGUACCGAGCAUCUCACAUCCACACUAUCCUUGGAGUCCCAGAGAGAUUCCGUGAAUAUUACUAUAAGAACCGGGAGCUGCAGCUCAAGUCAGACCUGCAAAUCUCUUCUGUCCAGCCAUUCGUUGAAUCAUACCAAACGUUUCUUGCUCAGAUUGCAGGCUACUUCAUCGUUGAGGAUCGUGUGGUUAGAACUGCUGGAGGGUUCUUGUCAGCUGAUCAAGUUGACACAAUGUGGGAAACAGCCGUUGCCAAGAUUGUAUCCGUGUUGGACAAUCAGUUCUCCACCAUGGACUCUCCUACUCAUCUGCUUUUGGUUAAAGACUAUGUGACUCUCCUUGGUACAACUCUUAGACAGUACGGCUAUGAGGUGGCUCCAGUCAUUGACGCACUUGACAAAAGCCGAGACAGAUACCACGAGCUUCUUCUUGAAGAGUGUCGCCAGCAGAUUGUUGCCGCUAUCUCGAACGACAGCUAUCAGCAGAUGGUGAUCAAGAAAGAAUCAGACUACGAAAGCAACGUCUUGUCGUUUAACCUCCAGACGUCAGACAUCAUGCCGGCUUUCACAUACAUCGCACCGUUCUCCUCCAUGGUACCAGAUGUUUGCCGGAUCAUCAGAUCGUACAUAAAAGGCUCUGUUGAUUACUUGACGUAUGGGGUGAACACAAGCUUCUUCAACGUUGUGAAGAAGUACCUGGACAAGAUCUUGAUCGAUGUGUUGAACGAAGUUAUCCUCAACACGAUUAGCAGCAACGGGAUCGGAGUAUCUCAAGCUAUGCAGAUCGCAGCAAACAUAUCUUUCCUUGAAAAGGCGUGCGAUUAUUUUCUCCGGCAUGCAGCUCAGCUCUGCGGUAUCCCAAGCCGAUCAGUCGAAAGGCCUCAGGCAGGUUUAUCAGCCAAGGUUGUUCUCAAAACAUCGAGAGACGAAGCUUAUCUCGCUUUGUUGAAUGUUGUGAACACGAAGCUCGACGAGUUCAUGAACCUCACGGAAAACGUAAACUGGACUACAGAAGAGACGCCACAAGGCGUCCAUGAGUUCAUAAACGAGGUUGUUAUAUACCUCGAGACUGUUAUGUCAACUGCUCAGCAGAUCCUCCCGACGGAUGCUUUGUACAAAGUUGGUGUUGGAGCGUUAGAGCACAUCGCAAACUCAAUCGUCUCUGCGUUCCUCAAUGAGAGUAUUAAGAGGUUCAAUGCGAACGCAGUCUCGGCUAUCAACAAUGACCUGAGAGUUAUAGAGACCUUUGCUGAUGAGAGGUAUCAGUUAACGGGGUUGAGUGAGAUCUACAAGGAAGGAAGCUUCAGGAGCUAUUUGGUGGAAGCGAGGCAGCUGAUAAAUCUGUUGUCGAGUAGCCAACCGGAGAAUUUUAUGAAUCCGGUGAUCAGGGAGAGGAACUACAACACGUUGGAUUAUAAGAAAGUGGCGACGAUUUGUGAGAAGUUUAAGGACUCUGCAGAUGGGAUAUUUGGAAGCCUUGCAAGCAGGAACACGAAGCAGACUGCUAAGAAGAAAUCAAUGGAUAUGCUUAAGAAGAGACUCAAGGAUUUCAACUGA